AUUUUGACAUCAAAAUGAAAAAAUGAAAAGGAAAACAAAACAGUACUAAACGUCAUGUAGAAGUAGUUGUGCUCGUUUAAUUUUUAAUUGUUUUUUACGAAAGUUGUGACUUGUGACCAUGUGUAAAUUUAAAUUGGCGAUGAAACACGCAUUACGGGGUUAAGUUGAUAUGAAAAUAAUGGAUAGUGAUGUACAAAAUUGUGUCCUUUUAAACACGUUUCAUACCCGAAAGAAAAAAUUGAGGAUAAUUUUUCAUCAAGGAAAUCUCGUCUGGGAUAACGAAAAACCGCCGUCAGAUAAGACUACUGUUCCUAUAGAAAAUGUAAUAUCUGUCCAACAGAAUUACAGGAAAACGCAUCCUAGUGAAACUAGAGAGUUGAAUCCUAAUGCAUUCACUAUCCAUUAUGCAGAAAGAGAAAAAGGGCCCAAAUGGGUCUAUAAAAACCUAGUACUCAAAAAUUCUGACCCACUUUUAGUCACAACAUGGGUAAAAACCUUGCAGACCCGGCUAAAAGAAUUCCAUCAACGGCCAAAACACGUUUUACUUUUCGUGAAUCCUUUCGGCGGGAAGCGGAAUGCCAUGAAGAUCUACGAGAAAUAUGCCAAAAACUUGUUCAAAAUAGCAGGCAUUGAGGUGACACUAAACGUUUCUCAAAGAAAAAAUCAAAUUAAAGAUUUUGUGAUUACCCAUAAUUUGGAUAGUUUCGAUUCUAUAGUGUGUGUGGGUGGGGAUGGUACGGUUUCUGAGCUAUUCAAUGGGUUAGUAUUACGAGAGUGCAAUAUUCGCGGUGUGGAUGCUGACGACAUCAAUCAGAACUUGCCUAGACCAAGGAUUCCUAUAGGCAUCAUACCAGGGGGUAGUACGGACACUAUAGCGUACUGCAUCCAUGGUACCGAUGACACUACUACUGCUGUGCUUCAAAUCAUAUUCGGAGACACCUUAGGACUGGAUCUAGUAUCUGUUUAUGAUGAACAUAGUCUACUUAGUUUGUACGCUAGUACUUUAAGUUAUGGUUACCUGGGUGAUGUGGCGUACCACAGCGAUCAGUAUCGAUGGAUGGGGCCUCGACGAUAUGAAUAUUCCGGUUUCAAGAAAUUAGUGAGUAACAGAGGUUACUACGGAGAGCUAGCGGUAUAUUCGGAGAAUGACGGUGUUGUUCAAGACAUCCCUUGCCAUGAAAAUUGUGAUAAAUGCGAAAACAGCAGAGAACUCAAAAUGAAUAAACUAGGCUGUAAAUGGCAAACGUUGUCUGGGAAAUUCUUUAUGGUUACUGGUGCUAAUAUAAGCUGUGCAUGCAGCCGAAGUCCAAAGGGCAUAGCUCCGUUUAGUCAUUUAGGGGAUGGGAUGGUACACUUGGUGUUGGUUAAGCAUACUUCCGUAUUAAAUAAUGUCAGAUUACUAUUGAGGUUGUCCAGCAACGAUCCUUCUAUCGAAGAUUUGCCCUUCGUGGAGACUUUAUGCGCGCGAGAAUUUUGUUUUAGGGCUAUUGAAGGGAAUAGCAAAUGGAACUGUGAUGGAGAAGUACAGCACCAAAUUAAUAUACGUGCAAAGGUACGAUGUCAAUUGCUCACCAUAUUCAGCAGGGGAAGGCCAAGAGAUUGUUCUGUUGACCCAACUUGCUGUGGAUUCUAAGCGUUUUAUAUUUUUUACCGUGACCAUACAUCUCGUAACGCGACAGUUCGUAACAGCACAAAUGGUAACGGCGGCAGUUCGUAACCGCGACAGUUCGUAACUAUACAAAUUCGUAACGUCAACAUUUCAUUUUUUUUAGCAAAUUUAGUAUUAUGGAAUUUUUACAAAAAUUCAUUUUGCAUACAUUCCUACACUAAAAGUAAUGGUACUUAUUUAAGACCACUUCUUUUAAAACAUUAUAUUUCACACAUAUUUUUGCAUAUAUUCUUGUUAAUAUGACAACUAAACAUUUUUUUAAAUUUUUUAUCUUGAAUGUAAGUAGUAAAGUAGUCAAUUUAAAGUAGUAAAAUUAAGUGUGAAAAAUAUUCAACAAAUAUAAAGAGUUUGAUAUAUAAUAAUGUAUUUACUAUAAUAAUUAAUACACUUUACAUUACUAGAUUAUAUUUAUUUUAAGACAUAAUAAAUAUUUAUUUUUCCAAUAAAUAUGAAAUAUGUCAAAAUGUUAAUCAUGAAAAUGUUAAAUUGAUUAACGUAGGUACUUUCAAUUGUAAUAAAAGUUAGUUUCCACGUUAACAAAAAUAAGCAGAAUCAUUCAAUUUUGACGUUACGAAUUGUACCGUUACGAAUAUGUAUAGUUACGAACUGUCGCCGCUACGAAUUGUCCGUUACCAUUUGUCCGGUUGCGAACUGUCGUGUUCCGAAAUGUCAUGGUACCAUUUUUUACUUAAAACAAUUAUUCGAAAGUAUUGACUCAAAGUAUUUUUCUGCUCUAUUCCUACAAAUAGUAUUAUUUUUUCUAUAUGGUAAAUUGUUGUAGAGGCUAUAGAGCUAUUUUUAUUAUUCAUUCCUUAAAAUAUUUGUGUAGUCAUUCAAAUUAAAUUAUUUUUAAACCAA